CCGUUAGUUCUGAGUGCGCAUGCUCAAAGGCCAGCACCGUUAUUCUGGCGGAGCCGAGCUGUCAUUUACGUUGUCCUCUUCUGCAGAUAUCCCUUGUUUCUCUCCCCAAACCGUUUGAGACUCACAGUGAUAAAGCCGCUCUGGAUUUUAACCCAGAAAAGCAUUUUUAAAGAUUGUUUUUUUCUCCACUGACUAAGAAGAAAGCACAAGAUGAAAGUGGGCGGAGGCUGGGUGUGGCGCCUGCUGCUCCUGUCUUCGCUGACCGUGGCUAUUGUGGCCGCUCACGAGAGGGAGCCUGAGCUGGACGUCUCGGACGAUGACUCGGGUUUAGACGAGGAGGAACUGAAGGUUCUGAUGGCCGAGGAUGGUGAUGAAGAGGAGGAGGAAGCAACGGUGAUGGAUGAAGAACCGGCAGAGGAGAUUGAUGAAGUGGCGACGGAUUCUAAUGUCACCUUCCAGGUGAUGUACAAGACUCCGGUUCCGACUGGAGACGUUUACUUCGCUCAGACGUUUGAUGAUGGAUCUCUGGACAGAUGGCAGCUGUCAAAAACAAUGAAGGAAGAUGCAGAUGAAGAAAUUUCCAAAUAUGACGGGAAGUGGGCUGUGGAGCCACUGAAGUUGAACAAGGUUCCAGGAGACCAGGGCUUGGUCCUGAAGUCCAGAGCCAAACAUCACGCCAUCUCUGCCAUGCUGGACAAACCCUUUGUCUUCAAGGACAACCCUCUGGUGGUUCAGUAUGAGGUGAAUUUCCAGGACGGGAUCGAUUGUGGCGGAGCGUACAUCAAACUGCUCUCAGAUGCUGGAAAUCUCAAUCUGGAGCAGUUCCACGACCGCACGCCCUACAGCAUCAUGUUUGGACCCGACAAAUGCGGCGAAGACUACAAGCUGCACUUCAUCUUCCGACACAAGAAUCCUCUGAACAAAGACGUGGAGGAGAAGCACGCCAAGAGGACCGACGUGGAUCUGAAGAAGUUCUACACCGACAAGCAAACUCACCUCUACACUCUGGUCCUGAAUCCAGACAACAGCUACGAGAUGUUCAUCGAUCAGUCAAGGGUGAGCCACGGGAACCUGCUGCAGGACGUGGUUCCUCCCGUUAACCCGCCCAAGGAGAUCGACGACCCGCACGACUCCAAGCCAGACGACUGGGACGAGAGGGCCAAGAUUCCUGACCCGGAGGCAGUAAAGCCGGAGGACUGGGACGAGGAUGCACCCGCAAAAAUCGAGGACCCUGAUGCGCUGAAGCCGGAAGGCUGGCUGGAUGAAGAACCGGAGUUUGUCUCCGAUCCGAAUGCCGACAAACCGGAAGAUUGGGACGAGGAGAUGGAUGGAGAGUGGGAGGCCCCGCAGAUCCCCAACCCAGCCUGCGAGACGGCUCCUGGCUGUGGGGAGUGGAAGCGCCCCAUGGUCAACAACCCUCAGUACAAGGGCAAGUGGAAAGCCCCUCUGGUAGACAAUCCAAACUACCAGGGAGUCUGGAAGCCGCGUAAGAUCAAUAACCCGGACUAUUUUGAGGACCUGCAGCCCUUCAGGAUGACACCGUUCAAAGCCGUGGGUCUGGAGCUGUGGUCCAUGACCUCAGACAUUUACUUUGACAACUUCAUCAUCACGUCUCACAAGGAGGUGGCCGACCGCUGGGCGUCUGACAGCUGGGGGCUGAAGAAGCUGGUGGCCAGUUCCAACGAGCCAGGGAUCCUAGCUCAGAUGAGGCUGGCGGCGGAGGAGAGGCCGUGGCUCUGGGUGGUCUACAUAAUGAUCGCUUUUCUGAUCAUCGGACUGACCGUGCUCUUCUGCUGGCCCAAGAAAUUAGGAUACGAUUACUCCUAUAAGAAGAUGGAUGCCUCUCGAACGAGCAUAGAAGAGGAGCAAGAAGAAGAGGAGGAGGAGGAAGAGGAGGAAGGGGCAGCAGAGGAGGAGGACAAGGCGGCAGAAGGAGGUGCUCCGGGUGCAGCAAAAGAAGACGAUGAGGUGGAAGACCAUGAUGCAGGAGGGGACCACCCUGAAGAUGAACAAGAGGAGGAGGAGGAGGAGGAUGAAGAAGACGACAGCAAAACUCCAGAGAGAACAUUGGGAGAUCAGAAGGAGGAAGGAGACGCUGCCGAGGAGAGCCACCAACAAGCUGUGAGAAAGAGGAGGGUACGGAAAGACUGAGGAGGUGAAGCUGUCUUCCUCCCUAAAGAGGAAGUGGAACGGCCUCCUUUCCUGACCAGAGCAGAAUGAUUCCUCCAUUUUUUUUCCUGGUAGCCGUCAGUCCACCCCCACAGGUUUCUCCUCCUCCCGUCGGCAAACUCCCUGGACGUUCCAGCUCUCCACGCUUUUCCCAGCCUCCUUCGUUUUCCACCUCGCCGCUCUACGACCCGUCGGCUCGUUUCUCCUCAUAUCACAUGACCGCACUUCAGACGUUAGAAACGCGAGUCCUCGGUCUGAAGAUCACAUCAGAGGACGAGCUUUGGAGUUUCCAGUACAGGAGAGGACGGCGAGCCGUGAAGGAGGGCGGAUCUGAGGCGGAAACACUGCAGUUUUGGGUCAAAAGGUUAAAACAACAAAGGAUUUCAUUUUUAGGGUUUUAGGGAGUUUGUAAAUGAGCAACAGCUACUUCCUUUUAUUUACUGUCACAGGUUCUGAUGAUGUUAUUUAUUGUUUUAGAUUUAACUAAGAAGAAAAGUUUAAUAUUGAGUGUGUUUGAAAAACUGAGCUCAUAGAAGUUUUAGUUUUCAUGCCUUGGCCUUCAGUCGUAGAGAGUCGGAGCUCAGCUCCUGGGAACUACGCGGUGUUUUUUGGGCCAUUCCCGUCUUUACCGUCGGCCCGGGCCGGGUAGCGUAGGUUGUUUACAUAUCUGGGUGGCCUGGUAUUUUUCCGGGCCAACCAAUGGGCCAUUCCCAUCUGUACCGGGUUGGCCCGGGCCGGGUAGCGCCAGUCGGCCCCAGCCUGGCCCGGCUGAUUCCACACAUCCUUGCCUUAAGCCCAUGUGGGCUGAUUCUACCCACCAAUCAGAGGCUUGCUCUAAUGGAAGGUGUGAAUGUGCUGUCAGCAGUGGGUGUGUUGGCCCUGGUCGGCCUGAAGCAGACCCCCUCCAGAAGAGGGCUGAGAAUGAGCCUUGGUUGGCCCGGAAAAAUACCAGGCCACCCAGAUAUGUAAACAACCUACGCUACCCGGCCCGGGCCGACCCGGUACAGAUGGGAAUGGCCCAUUAGUUUCUGAAGCUUUUGUAGUUCGCCCUCCUGCCACAUGUUGGCGCUGUUCCUCGUUUACAUUUGUCUGCUGAUUGUACAUGGCUCUUGGAAAUAAAACUAUUUAAUACAAAGUGA